AUGGAGGACAAGGUCAACCUGGAGAAGCUGAAGAAGAAUAUAUACCUUACAGUUCACUUGAAUGCUUAUGCAAUCACAACUCACAUUCGUGAUUGCCUUUGUCAACAAAAGUUUGAAUUGGAGAGACUUGAGAGAUCAUACAGAGUCACAGUCAAUGCUGAGUGUAAGCUUCAUGUGAGUACCCAACACUCAAUCAAACACCAAGAGCCUGGCAUCCUCAAAUUUAUUACUACCUACAACAGUUUGUGUUCUCAACUACGGUCUCUUAUACGACAGCAGCGAGCACCUCCUUCUGCUGUUCCCCCUCAUAUCAUCCCGUGUGAUGGCAUCUUUCAGCUCAAUGUUGAUGAUGACAUCUGGCAAGAUGUUAGGCUAGAUGACGACACUUUGAACCCUCCAGUGUGGCUAUCAGAUGACAUGGUCAGGAAUAGUAUCCAGUUGCAACUUGAAGUUGAUUAG